AUGUGGAUGCUCAUGGUCCUCGUCAGCCUCGCCUCCGCCGCGCCGAUGGGUGAGGUGGACUUCGCGCCGCUCAACACCUUCUCACUGAAACUUCUGUACAACACGUACGCGUUCCAAGAGAGCUACGGCGAGAAGAAUCUGAUCAUAUCGCCACUGUCCAUAUGGAGCAUGUUCGCGUUGCUCGCCGAAGGGUGCUCGGGAGAGACGUUCAACGAACUGAUGCAGGAGCUGCGGCUGCCGAGUGACUCGCGCAGCACUACUGUACUCCAUUUGGCCGUCUCCGACAUUCUCUUGAAGAGGGACCAUGACGUGAAACUGGAAGGAUUGUCCGGGCUCUUCGCGGACACCAAUUUGAACAUCCACGAGGAGUUCUGUCAAUACGCAAGGGGCUUCGACACGCAAGUGUUCCUCGUAGAGGCCAGCAACAAAACUGCCCUCGCUAACGAUAUAAAUUCCUACAUCUGUCGGCUGACACGAGGCCGAAUAGUGGAGGCCGUGACCCCCCGGGUCUUGGAGAAUCUGCGCAUGAUAUUGGUGGACGGGUUGUACUUUAAAGCGAACUGGACUCAUCCUUUUGAUGCUACACACACGCGCGAGGAGGAGUUCUACAACUUCCAAGGGAAGACCAUUGGUUCGGUCAACAUGAUGUAUCACAAAGCCAGCCAUGUCUUCGGCGAUUCGCCGCAGAUAGGCGCUCAGAUACUUGAAAUGCCCUACGGGAAGAACGAGCAGCUCUCCAUGAUGAUACUUCUUCCAUUCGAUGGCAUCCCGCUGCAGAAACUACUAGAGAACCUUUCAACGCAAUCAUUGGACUGGAUAGGUCAGUUUCAGGCCGCCGAGAAGCAGGAAAUUGACUGCUACAUACCCCGGUUCAAAAUCACAUCCAAAUCAGACAUGAUACCGCCACUUAUGUACAUGGGCAUACGGAACAUUUUCGAUUACACCAAGGCCCAGAUGCCCGGCAUCUCCGACACACCGCUGUUCGUUUCGAAAACUGUCCAAAACGUAGGUAUUGAGGUCGCAGAGGAGGGUACUGUGGCCGCAUCGUCAACAAUCGUCCAACUGGAAGACAGGAUGCUCUCGCAGCGUUUCGAGGCAAACAAAGAAUUCGUGUUCCUAAUUACCGAGAGAAGAUCCGGUGCUAUUGUUUUCGCCGGCGUUUACGCGGAGCCUUCGUUGACG